UGGAACACCUUUACUAGUUUUCAUUCUUGCUUUCGAUUUUUCUGCUCCUUUCUCCACCUCUCUGGUUUCGAACGAUCCCGCGAUCUAAAUCGUUUUUUCUUCGAUCAAAGAAAUAAUAAUGGAGACUCCCGCAUCAAUGAGAAGAAUUACAAGAUCACAGGCUUUGACUGCAACGAACAACAUCCCAACGUCAAGGAAAAGCGAACAAUCUGAAAAGAAGUCUCAAUCGAGACAAAGAAACUUGAAAAGCGACAAGUCGGCGCUUAAUGAUAUUACGAACGAUUCCCCCAUUGUUGGCCUUGCUGGUGGAAGCUUGGAGACGCCUUCCUCCUUUGCCAAGAAAAGGAAUCAACCCAAGAAGACCCCUGGUUCUGGGGAGGCCCUGCUUCGGGGUCAGGUCAAGACCCUCUUACAGAAGGUCGAAGAAGAGGCUGAGUUCUCCAAAUUUUGUGUCGAGCACCUCCCGUCCCUCCAUCUCUCGGGCGCCCUUGGUUCUCCAUCGGGGCUUCUCGCCCCAACUCCAGCGAACACACCCCAGAUCCCCAAUCUUUCCUGCGGCGGAGAUAUCAAGAACAUUCUAAACGGCUCCGCCUCCGAAAUGCCGUCCUCCAAUGUAGACGAAGAAUCCAAGAUUCCUCAGGCGGUCAUGGACAUAGAAGAAACGAAGCAAGAUUCUCUGGAAUCUGUAAGGAAUGUGACGAUUCGGUCUUUACUGUUUGAUUUCUCUGAGAAGUCAGAGAUCUCUGAUUCAUCAGAAUGCUCGUCUGCGCUGACUUACCAAGGCGAGACUCACGGCCUAGAGAAGUCAGUUGAGGAAGACGAUGCUUCAGUUUGGUCCAUUCAGGUCAACGCUAGUACUAUAGACGAAGAUGAAGAUGGAGAAGAAAUUGUAGAAGGAGAGGAAGCAGAAGGAGAUGACAACUACUACGAGGAAGAAGAAGAAGGAGAAGAAGAAGAAGAAGAAGAAGUGUUUGACCAACUGUGCGAGGGUCUGAGCAAGAUGAUCGUUCAAGAGAAGAGAAUGCCCGAGUUCAAGGGCAAGCAUACCCGGUUCGUGUACAACAAUGACGACGAGAUUGAAGGAGCAGAGGAGGUCUCGGAGAGUAUUUCACCUGAAGUAUUGCGUUUGAAUGGUUUGCCCACUCCGAAAGGGAAGCACCUUCGCUUCCACCAGGAAGAAGAGGAGGAUUGACAAAUGGAGGCAGAAUUUCUUAUUCUGUUGUUACUUCUUUCUUCUGUAUGUUUUGAAACUCGAAACUCGAAACGAUUUUGAUUCCUGAACGCAAUUGCUUAGUUUUGCUCCUGAAUGUAUGUCAUAUAGAGCUUGAUACAUUUUCAGAUUGUUUAAUUGGUGGUAUGUUUUGCCCUCUAAUUUAGUCAACAAGAGAGAGAUAAAAAACAAAACACUCAAUUUGACUA